UUUUAAAUCUCCCAUACACGUUAAAUCUCAGAGGGUGAAAAAAUUUCCUAAGCGAACUUGUCCAUUUUUACCCAUUUAUGUUCUCUUUCGAUCAAGGUACCCCCAUUGAUUAAUAAUCUUGGUCUCAAGUUUUGAUUUUGAAAAAACAGCCGACUCAACUCUCUACUUUAACUGAAUCCACUGUAAGUACAAGCAUAAUCAAGCUCCAUUGCAGCACCAGCUUGCGGCGGCAGCCGGCAUGGCGGUUUCCGUACAGGCGGCGAGUCCGGUAUGGGAGUCGGUGCUGGAGCUGACCAAGUCGGCCCAGUACAAGAACAGAGAUCCACUUCUCUGGGCUGUUCAGCUCAGUUCUAGUCUUAACUCGGCUGGGAUUUCUUUGCCUUCAAUCGACCUGGCUCACCUCCUUGUCUCCCACAUCUGCUGGGAUAAUCACGUGCCCAUCACGUGGAAGUUCCUAGAGAAGGCCUUGACUGUCAAAUUCGUGCCUUCAAUGCUCGUCCUCGCCCUCCUCUCUACCAGGGUCAUUCCAAAUCGUAAGUUUCAUCCUGCAGCAUAUCGGCUCUACAUGGAACUCCUCAGGAGACAUGCCUUCUCACUUCAAUGUCAAAUCAAUGGACCAAAUUAUCAAAAGAUUAUGAAAUCAGUAGGUGAUGUUCUUCAUCUUUCCCAGAUAUUUGGUGUUCAAGUGUCUGAACCUGGUCUGCUUUUAGUUGAAUUUGUUUUUUCAAUUGUAUGGCAACUGCUUGAUGCAUCACUAGAUGAUGAAGGGUUACUAGAACUUACACCAGAAAAGAGAUCAAUAUGGCCUACAGUAACUCAAGACAUGGAAAUAGAUAGCGUUGAUAACUUUAAUGAGAAGAGAAGUGAGCACCAUGAUGUGCUGUGUAAAGGAAACACUACAAUGGCUAUUGAGAUCAUUGGGGAGUUUUUGCAAAAUAAAGUAACUUCAAGGAUUCUUUUCUUGGCACGGAGGAACAUGUCUUCGCAUUGGGGAACUUUCCUUCAGCAAUUAAGAGUUCUUGCAGCAAAGUCAGUGGCAUUGAGGAAUGCAAAACAUAUAACUCCAGAGGCCUUUCUUAAUUUGACGUCUGAUAUGCAUAAAGUUGUGUCUAGGAAAUGUAAAACAAUAUCACAACAGGAGCUUAAUGCUGUCAUUGGUUCUGGGUCUUUAACAACUUCAUCUGGUCAAUAUCACGGGACUAGUCCAUCUGCACAUUGGCUUCCUAUUGAUCUGUUUCUUGAGGAUGCUAUGGAUGGAUCACAGGUGGCUGCAACUGGUGCUGUUGAAAGUCUCACUGGUUUGGUCAAGGCUUUACAGGCUGUAAAUGGUACAACAUGGCAUGAUACAUUUCUUGGUCUAUGGAUUGCAGCUUUGAGGCUUGUUCAAAGGGAAAGGGACAUUAGUGAGGGUCCUGUACCUCGCCUUGACACAUGCUUGUGCAUGUUGUUGUCAAUUACACCACUUGUGGUGGCCAAUAUUGUUGAGGAAGAGGAAAGUGAAUUGAUUGAUGGAUGUGAUUGCAGCCCAACCAAUCAAAUAAAAGAGAAACAAUCCCCAGGAAGAUGUCGUCAGGAUUUAAUUUGCAGCUUACAGAUGUUGGGUGAUUAUGAGGCUUUAUUGACCCCACCUCAACCAGUUCGUUCAGUAGCCAAUCAGGCUGCUGCCAAAGCUAUCAUGUUUGUUUCUGGUCUCACUGUUGGUAAUGGAUACCAUGAGUGCAUGAGCAUUAAUGACAUGCCCAUGAAUUGCUCUGGGAACAUGCGGCAUCUGAUUGUUGAGGCUUGUAUUGCUAGAAAUCUAUUGGACACAUCCGCAUAUGUUUGGCCUGGUUAUGUAAAUGCUCGUGCAAAUAUACCCCGUAAUGUUCCUGUUCAAGUGAUUGGUUGGUCAUCACUGAUGAAAGGAUCCCCUCUAACUCCUACGUUGAUAAAUGCUCUGAUUGCAACUCCAGCUUCUAGCUUAGCAGAGAUCGAGAAAAUAUAUGAGAUUGCAACCAAAGGUUCAGAUGAUGAGAAGAUCUCUGCUGCUAGCAUUCUUUGCGGGGCUUCUCUAGUUCGUGGUUGGAAUAUACAGGAACACACCAUUCUCUUCAUUACAAGCUUGUUGUCGCCACCAGUUCCUGCUGAUUAUUCUGGGAGUGAGAGUCAUUUAAUCAGUUAUGGUCCAUUUUUUAAUAUUCUUCUCGUUGGAAUAUCACCUGUAGAUUGUGUCCAGAUAUUCUCUUUACAUGGCUUGGUUCCACUGCUUGCUGGUACAUUGAUGCCCCUUUGUGAGGUUUUUGGGUCAACUUCUCCCAAUGUGUCAUGGACACUUCCAACAGGGGAGGAGCUGACUAGUCAUGCGGUCUUCAGCAAUGCAUUUACUCUUCUACUGAGAUUAUGGAGGUUUAAUCAUCCACCUUUUGAAAAUGCGAUGGGAGAUGCAACACCAGUGGGAUCCCAACUAACUCCUGAAUAUCUGUUGUUGGUUCGAAACUCUAAAUUAUCAGAUUUUGGGAAAUCACCAAAGGAUCAUAUGAAGCUUAAAAGAAUGUCAAAAAAUUUAAAUAUCUCCUUGGAACUCAUAUUUAUGGAUUCCUUUCCCAAGCUAAAAAGCUGGUACCGGCAGCAUCAAGAGUGUAUUGCUUCCACCCUGACAGGACUUGUACAAGGGACAACUGUCCAUCAGAUUGUUGAUGCACUCCUCAAUAUGAUGUUCAGGAAGAUAAGCAGGGGUGGUCAGUCUUUAACUUCUACAACUUCUGGAAGUAGUAGUUCCCCUGCAUCUGGAGCUGAGGAUGUAUCUAUGAGACUAAAAGUGCCCGCAUGGGAUAUCCUGGAAGGAGCUCCCUAUGUGCUUGAUGCGGCUCUGACAGCAUGUGCACAUGGAAGACUCUUGCCCCGUGACCUGGCAACAGGACUCAAAGAUCUUGCUGAUCUCCUUCCGGCUACCCUGGCAACCAUUGUCAGCUACUUAUCUGCUGAAGUAACACGAGGUAUAUGGAAGCCAGUUUUUAUGAAUGGAACAGAUUGGCCGAGUCCCUCAGCAAAUUUAUUCAUGGUUGAGCAGCAAAUCAAAAAAAUUAUAGCUGCUACUGGUGUUGAUAUCCCAAGCCUUGCCAUAGGGGGGAGCUCUCCAGCCAUGCUUCCUCUGCCCUUGGCUGCCCUUGUUAGCCUCACUAUAACCUAUAAACUUGAUAAAGCUUCUGAACGUUUCAUUGUGUUAAUUGGCCCAGCAUUGAGUUCACUAGCUGAAAGUUGUCCCUGGCCAUGCAUGCCCAUCAUAGCCUCUUUAUGGGCUCAGAAGGUUAAGCGUUGGAGUGAUUUCCUUGUGUUCUCUGCUUCUCGUACCGUCUUCCACCACAAUAUUGAUGCUGUAGUCCAACUUCUUAGGAGUUGCUUCACAUCGAUCCCCGGAUUAAGCCCCUCUACCAUUUACAGCAAUGGUGGAGUUGGUGCACUCCUCGGCCAUGGAUUUGGCUCCCAUUUCUCUGGGGGAAUGUCUGCAGUUGCCCCAGGGAUUCUGUACUUACGAGUGCAUCGAUCGGUCAGAAAUAUCAUGUUUAUGACAGAAGAAAUCGUCUCUCUUUUAAUGUCUUCCGUAAGAGAUAUUGCCAAUAGUGGGUUAUUCAGGGAGAAUUUGGAGAAACUGAAAAAGGCGAAGUUUGGAUUGAGAUAUAGACAAGUUUCUCUUGGUGCAGCAACAACACGAGUCCGAUUUGCUGCAUCACUUGGGGCUUCAUUGGUUUGGCUAUCCGGUGGAUUAAGCUUGGUCCAGUUGUUAAUCCAAGAAACAUUACCGUCUUGGUUUCUAUCAGCCCAUACUCCAGAUCAAGAUGGUGGGGAACCUGGAGGUCUAGUUGCCAUGCUGAGCGGCUAUGCACUUGCAUACUUUGUAGUGCUUUGUGGUACCUUGGCGUGGGGUGUGGAUUCCUCCUCACCGACAUCAAAACGGCGACCAAAGGUCCUUGGGGCGCAUUUGGAAUUUCUUGCGAGCGCAAUAGAUGGAAAAAUAUCACUUGGAUGUGAGUAUGCCACUUGGCAUGCAUAUGUAACAGGGUUUGUGAGCUUGAUGGUAGGUUGUACGAAGAAGUGGGUUUUGGACGUCAAUGUUGAUGUUUUGAGAAGGUUAAGCAAUGGAUUGAGGCAGUGGAAUGAGGAAGAACUGGCUAUCGCAUUGUUGGGACUUGGUGGUGCUGAAGCUACCGCCUCCGCAGCUGAACUGAUUAUUGAAAUUGGACCGUAGACAACUUGUUAGCUACUUAUCCACUUCCAAUUCUAUGCGGCGUUGUUGCUUUCCUAUAAAAGAUCAUAGCAUGAGUUCUAACAGGGGAAUUGACAAACCAAUCUUAUUAACAUUUUGUAAAUAUGGUUUUAAACGUUGUUUUUGUUGGAAAAUCUGAAAGCACUUCGCUCGCUUAUGAAGCUGAAGUUUUAUAUUUCCUUAAGAACGUUGAUACAGAAACAUUCACUCAAAGAUUAAUUGAAAAGAAGUGGAUAUGCAACAUUGCUUACCCUGAAAA